UGUCCCGUGUGCCCCGGCCCCACCGCUCCUUCCCGGGCCCACCGCUCCUUCCCGGGCCCACCGCUCCUUCCCGGGCCCACCGCCCCUUCGCGAGCCCCUCCCGCUGAGCCCCCCACCCCACCCCCGGCCCGGCCCCGCGCCCCCCGUGCGUCAUGGCCGCGUACAAGCCGGUGGUGGUGCAGGCGUACCCCAAGCUCGGGGAGAGGAUCACGCAGGACACGCUGUACUGGCGGGGAUACAAGACGCCCGUUCAGAUAAAGGAAUUCGGCGCAGUAAAUAAAAUUGACUUCUCCCCAGCCCCGCCGUAUAACUACGCUGUCACAGCCUCCUCGAGGAUCCACAUCUACGGCCGGUACUCCCAGGAGCCCAUCAAGACCUUCUCCCGCUUCCGCGACGCCGCAUACUGUGCCACCUACAGGGACGACGGGCGCCUGCUGGCCGCCGGCAGCGAGGACGGCAGCAUCUGCCUCUUCGACGUCAGCGGCAAGGCGCCGCUGAGGCAGUUCGAGGGUCAUACCAAACCAGUUCAUGUAGUGGGCUUCCUGUCCGAUAAGUACCGGAUAUUUUCCGGUGGUGAUGAUUAUUCAUCGAAUCUCUGGGAUAUUCCAAGUGCCACAGAAAUCAUCUCUUACAGUGAACAUACUGACUACGUGAGAUGCGGAUGUGCAAGUAAAGUGAAUGCAGAUGUCUUCAUAACAGGUUCCUAUGAUCACACUGUGAAGCUGUUUGAUGCACGAACAAAGAGCAGUGUCAUGACGAUAGAACACGGCUAUCCUGUGGAGAGCGUGCUUCUCUUUCCAUCUGGUGGGCUUCUCGUAUCUGCAGGAGGUCGGUAUGUCAAAGUUUGGGAUGUGCUAAAAGGAGGACAGUUACUGGUUUCACUUAAAAAUCACCAUAAAACUGUAACUUGUUUGUGCCUGAACAGCACUGGACAAAGGUUGUUGUCAGGAUCCCUGGACAGGCAUGUCAAGAUUUACAGUACUACAUCCUACAAAGUAGUCCACAGCUUCAACUACGCAACGUCCAUCCUCAGUCUUGCGUUGUCGCCUGAAGAUGAAACCUUAGUUGUAGGCAUGACCAAUGGGGUGCUAAAUGUUAAACACAGAAAACCGGAAGAAAAGAGUGAAAACUCUCAAAAGAAGAGGCAACCAGCAUAUAGAACCUAUGUGAAAGGAAGAACUUACAUGCCAAAACAGGACGACUUCUGUGUCAGUAAACCUGUAAAACGUGUGUUGAGAAAAUACGAUAAGCUGCUGAGGAGCUUUCAGUCUUCCAAGGCUCUUGAUGCAGUACUGGAGCCACCCAUCAUGCUUCACACUCCUGAAGUCACGGUUGCAGUCAUGCAGGAGCUGCAUCGCAGAGGAACGCUGAGAAGCGCGCUUGCAGGCCGAGAUGAGAAGCAAGUUAAUCUCCUGCUUACCUUUGUGGCAAGGCGUGUGAUUGAGCCUAGAUUUACUUCUGUGCUGGUGACUGUUGCUGAUAUGAUCACUGACAUUUAUCACCCUGUGGUUGGGCAGUCAGCGGUAGUUGAUAAACAGUUCCUGAAACUCAAGGAAGCUAUCGGAAAAGAGAUUGACUAUCAAGAAGAACUACUGGAAGUUUUGGGAAUGAUGGAUACACUGUUUGCUACUUUUACUAAGAAAACAGAUACAUGUUUAGAAGAGAACCAAAGUAAUGGUGUUACAGAGAUCAUUGAAACAAAUAGGAAUUACUGAGACUCAUCACAACAUAUUGCCACAAUUGUGAAAUUGAAAGACAUGACCUGUUCUCCUGGUUACAUCUUACAAUAGUGACUUUCAAAAUAAGCUCCUGUAUGUUGAAGUUCUGUCUUUUAAAUUGAAUAGGCUUGAUUACUGAAGACAGAGGAGGAGGACAUUUUCAGGAUUGUCCAUGAAAUAUUUUUCAAACAAUUUAGCUUUAAAAUUUUGUUUCAGAAUUUCAGAGUUUCAUAACUUCUUAAGGGUUUAUAUGGCCUGACUUUUGGUAGUGGCAGGGCUGCAGGGGUGGCUUCUGUGAGAAGCUGCCAGAAGCUUCCAUCAUGUCUGGCAGAGCCAAUAAUCCCUGCUGGCUGCAGAGGUGGACGUGCCACUGGCUGAGGCUGGGCCAACCAGAAAUGGUGAUAACAGAGUUGUAAUUGCGGCCAGAGAAGAGCAGAGCGAGAACAUGUGAGAAGAACAACCCUGUGAGACACCGAGGUCAGGGAAGAAGGAGGGGCAGGAGAUGUCCCAGGUGCCAAGAUUCCCCUGCAGCCCAUGGUGCAGCCCAUGGAGAUCCAUGGGGAAGGCAGAGAUCCACCUGCAGCCCAUGGAGGAGCCCAGGCUGGAGCAGAGGGAUGCCUGAGAGGAGGCUGUGAGCCUGUGGGAGACCCAUGGAGAGAGGGGCCCUGCUCCCAGGCUGGAGCAGCCUGUCCUUGAAGGACUGCACCCCCUGGAGCAGUCUGGGGAGGACUGUUGCCCCUGGGAUGGACUCACACAGGUCAUGAACUGACCGUAAUCCCCAUUCCCUCUCUCCUUGUGCCCUGGGGUAGGAUUUGGAGCUGGGAAGGAGGGAGGGGUGGGGAGAAGGUGUUUUUAAGGGUUUAUUUUACUUCUCAUUAUCCUGCUCUGAUUUUGUUUGGUAAUAAAUGUAAUUAAUAUCUCUUAAGUUAAGCCUGUUAUGCCCAUGAUGGUGUUUGAUGAGUGAUCUCUCCUGCUCUUUUUCUCAACCCAUGAACCCUUCACUAUAUUUUCUCCCCCCUGUCCAGCUGCAGAGGAGAGUGAAUGAGGGGCUUUGGUGGCUGCCUGGCAUCUGGCCAGCACCAGCCCACUACAGUUGUGUGUCCAGUACUAUCAGCAGUCACCAGUUUUCAGCUUUUAUUUACCAGAAAAUAAUUGAUGUUUGUGUAAUUUUAAUGUGUCACUGUCCUUCUUUAAGGUUAAUGUCCAAUCUCACGUCCUUGGAAAUACAAAGAAAACAGCACACACAUUUGUUAACACUUGGCUACACAGUUUUUUCCCUUCCUGAUGAAUCUCCAUUUAAGAUUCCCAUGAAUUCACAGCACACAACAGAAUGA